AUGUCUCUUCAAUCCUUCAUAUCCCGCCUUCCUCCUGCCUCCAGCCUUAGCCGAAGGGCGCUCCUCAGAUCGGCCGCAAGGAACUCUUCUUCCCUUUCAAGCACCUCCGGCCGGGAUGGAACAUCUCUCAAUUCCAUUCUGAUCGCCAAUCGCGGUGAGAUCGCGCUACGAGUAGGAAGAACCGCCGGCCAGCAUGGCGUCCGAGUAACCACUCUGUACACCGAUCCAGAUGCCUCCUCUCAACAUGCGCUGAGCUCCCCCUUCGCUUUCAAUCUCGGCGAGACUUCUGCGUAUCUAGAUGGAGAUCGGAUAAUUGAGAUUGCAAAGCGUGAGGGCUGCAAGGGAAUUCACCCGGGCUAUGGCUUUUUGAGUGAAAAUGCCGGCUUUGCACAAAAGUGCACGCAGGCAGGACUCGUGUUUAUCGGUCCACCAUGGAAGGCGAUAGAGGCUAUGGGAGACAAGAGCCGAUCAAAGGAGAUCAUGACCGCCGCCGGUGUACCCUGUGUACCUGGUUACCAUGGGUCAAACCAGGAUCCCGACCUUCUUCAGAAGGAAGCCGACAAGAUUGGAUACCCUGUUCUAAUUAAGGCCAUCAAGGGAGGUGGCGGCAAGGGCAUGCGUAUCUGCUCCUCCAGAGAAACCUUCCAGGACAAACUCAUGUCCGCCAAAUCAGAGUCGAAAAAUUCGUUCGGCGACGACCAGGUGCUCAUUGAGAAAUAUAUCACGACGCCUAGACAUAUCGAAGUGCAAGUGUUUGCCGACAAGCAUGGAAACUGUGUGGCUCUGGGGGAGCGAGACUGCAGCAUCCAACGCCGACAUCAGAAGAUCUUGGAAGAGUCCCCGGCUCCACAUUUGCCGCAGGCUACGAGAAAAGACAUUUGGGAGAAAGCUAGAGCUGCCGCUUUGGCCGUUGGGUAUGAAGGUGCAGGAACAGUCGAAUUCAUCUUUGAUAAUGACACGGGCGAAUUCUACUUCAUGGAAAUGAACACUCGGUUGCAAGUCGAGCAUCCUGUCACUGAGAUGGUCACCGGUCAAGACCUCGUCCACUGGCAACUGUUGGUGGCCGAAGGCGCACCUUUGCCCUUGACCCAGGAAGAAAUCGAAGCCAAGAUCGCCACAAGCGGACAUGCCAUCGAGGCCAGAAUCUACGCUGAAAACCCAGACCAAGGAUUCGUGCCUGAUUCCGGUCGCUUGAUCCACGUCCGUACCCCCAAGCCUACCGAGGAUAUCCGAAUUGAUGCAGGAUUUGUCGCGGGCGAUGAAGUUUCUUCGCAUUACGACCCUAUGAUCUCCAAGUUAAUUGUCAGGGGUGCCAACCGAACCGAAGCUCUUCGAAGCCUCGCCGCUGCUCUCGAACAGUAUGAAGUCGCUGGACCGAUGACAAAUAUUGAAUUCAUCAAGCGGGUAUGUCGGAGUGCGGAUUUCGCAGCGGGUGAGGUUGAAACAGGGUACAUCGAGAAGCACCGCGAGGAACUGUUCAGAAAAGAGCCCAUCGAACCCGAGGUGCUAGCUCAGGCGACUCUGGCGUGCUACCUGGACGGCAGCCUGACCGGACCGGCUGGCUCCGCCGUUGGUUUCAGCCCUGCUUAUCAGCAACGACAGUUUGCUUUUGUGCAGGCCACCGCACCGGGAGAGCCGGAAGGAACCCCGUUCAACACCCAGAUCGAGCAGACGGAACCCAACAAUUUUAACAUCACCGUCGACGGAAAAACGUUCACGAACGUUCAGAGGCGGGUAGGCACCGCGCAAAAUGUGUUCACAUCGUUUUUCCCACAUACGAGACUCGACACGACGGUGAUACGAGACGAAGAUAACGUAACUGUCUUUCAGCGGGGAAAACAGUAUCGGCUAAGAAUCCCACGCGCCAAAUGGAUGGAGAAAGCACUUGGAAUUAAGGAUGUUGCAAACAGCGUGAUCGCGCCAAUGCCAUGCAAGAUUCUGCGAGUGACGGUCGCAGAAGGCGACACGGUGGAGAAGGAUCAGCCACUGGUUGUCAUUGAAAGUAUGAAGAUGGAGACGGUGAUCCGCGCUCCUCACAACGGCAUAAUAUCGAAGGUGGUACAUAAACAAGGGGACAUUUGCAAAGCCGGGACACCGCUAGUUGAAUUUGCCGGCGGCGACGAAGCGGGAAAAUAG